AACCGCCAGUUUGUCGGACGUACCGAGGUGCUCGAGGAGCUCCAGGGCAAACUCUUUGAUGGCGACGAAUUCCAAAAAGUCGCACUCGCCGGCCUUGGAGGUAUCGGCAAGACUCAGAUUGCCAUGCAGAUUGCAUUCUGGGUGAAACAACACAAGCCUGAUUACUCCGUGUUUUGGCUACCUGCACUGAGUAAUGCCAGCAUUGAUCAGGCGUGUGCUGAGUUCAUGGCGAGGCAUGGCGGCCAGCAUGGAAACUCGACCAGCCCGAGAGAGUCAUUUGGGCAAUACCUGAGCUUACCCGGUAUCGGGAAGUGGCUUCUCAUUGUCGAUAAUGCCGACGAUAUGGACCUUCUGUUCCCCCCAGGAGCGGUUGCUCAGCAUGUGCACAGCUGGAUGCCAAGAAAUGACCAAGGUCGUAUCCUCUUCACAACGAGAUCUUCCAAACUCGCCUUCAAAGUGAUCUCUGACCCACAGUAUGUGGUCAAGAUAUCCGAGAUGAGUCCUAGUGAAGCAAAGGACUACUUGAGGAAAUCCCUCUACCGUCAAGAUUCUCUCCAAGAUGACAAAACCGUGGUUGAACUCCUCAAGAAUCUGGAUUAUCUGCCAUUGGCCAUCAAACAGGCCACAGCUUACAUGAACGAGAAUGACUUGACCAUUGCAGAAUACCUCGAGGUUCUGCAAAACACUGAAGACGACAUGGUUGAGUUGCUACGUAGCGAGUUUCGCGAUGAUACGAGGUACAUGGAAAGUGAGCAGUGUCAAAACGCCGUGGCAACAACCUGGGUGAUAUCUUUUCGCCAGAUCAGGGGAAUUGACUGGUUCGCUGCUCAUCUUCUUUCAUUCAUGGCAUGCAUCGAACCAAAGGCCAUUCCUCAAUCGAUGCUACCGCAGCCAGAGACGAGACAGCAACUGACCAGCUCUAUUGGGACUUUAUGCAGCUACGGCUUCUUGAGCAAAUACGCUGGUGAUGGAAUGCUCGAAAUGCACCGUCUGGUCCAUCUGGCCACGAGGACCUGGGCUAAGAGUGAAGGCAUCAUGGAGCGCAUGGCACAACUUUCUGCAACGCAUUUUGAUCAAAUAUUCUCAAAUGGCAAUUGGGAAGACCGUGAGCUGUACCGGCAAUAUUUACCGCAUGCUCUGGUCAUCAUCCGAGAACACGAGGAGGAUGCACCCCCGAAUUAUCCAUAUCGCUUGAUUUAUUGCGCUGCAAGAUGCCUGAUUUAUGAUGGCCGAUUCAGUGAAGCACUCAAGAUACUCAAGCAGUCAGCUACGCUACCGGAGAAAAAUUUUCAUUUACUCGACAUGCAACUUUUGUUAGGAUCAGCUUAUCACGCUGUUGGGGAUCUAAACAGGGCAGCCCAGCUGCUCGAACAUGUGGUAAAACUGCAAUCGGAGCUUCUGCCAGAGAAGGAUGAGCGGCGACUACGAUCGGUAUUUCAACUAGCUCUAGUUUAUCGGGAGAACAGGCAGAGAGAAGAGUCACUGUGUCUUCUUGAGUCUGUGUUGACGGCAGCGAGAAGGUCCUUCGAUGAGGAUCAUCCCCUAACCCUUAGGGUACAGCUCAACCUUGCUGUGGUUUACCACAACGAUGACCGAACCCAAGAGGCACUUGAUUUGAUUAAACAUGUAGUAAACAUACAACAAAGAACUCUGAGCGAGUAUCAUCUUAGCCGACUGGCUUCGGAGAUCUUACUUGCACAACAAUACCUAAGAAGAGGGGAGAUAGACGAGGGGACACGAAUGCUUGAAACGCUGAAAGUCAAGGGAGACGCAGCGUUCACCAGCGGCCAUAUCAAUCGGUUGCUUGUGGACAGACAUCUCGCCGAGGCCUACCUAACCGAACAUCGGGUUCCAGAUGCCAUCCAUCUAUUGGAAGAGAUCAUGGAGCUAAGUGACGAGACAUUGGGAGCUAGGAAGUCUGAGCAACUGGAGGCUGGGUGGUUGCUCGCGGAGACAUACCUCGACUGUGGCCAGCCAGGGAAGGCAGUGGAGCUUCUUCGUUACUUGAUGGUAGCUUGGAAAGAAAUUUGCGCCUUGAGCGAUUCAGAGGUGCUUGACUGCAAAUGGGAGCUCGCGCGGGCAUACAGAGCCAAUGGACAAUCGAAUGAAGCAGUACAGGAACUGGAGGAGCUGGUAGAGGCUGAAGAGGAGUUUCGUCCGGAAGAUACACUUACGCGGUUGCUGACAAGACGAGCCCUUGGGCAGGCGUAUCUGGACAAUGGCCGGUGGAUGGAGGCGGUCGACACCUUGGAGAGGGUGGCAGCAAAAAGUGCGAGGGUGAACGAUCCGCGCUUGCGCUUGGCAGAGGUAUAUGAAGAACUAUCAAUCGCGUACGAGGCUAGCGGGCGGUUGGAUGAGGCCAUUUGUAUCGAGUUGUUCCGAUGA